AUGUCCGAAUUGUCCCACCCUUCCAUUAAAGACGGCUGGUUCGCUGAAGUCAGCGACACCAUGUGGCCAGGUAGUGCCAUGUCCUUGAGAGUCGACAAGGUUUUGCACGCUGAAAAGUCCAAGUACCAGGAUGUGCUUGUGUUCAAGUCCACUGACUAUGGUAAUGUGCUUGUUUUGGACAACUGUAUCCAGGUCACUGAGAGAGACGAAUACUCUUACCAGGAGAUGAUCACCCACUUGGCCAUGAACUCCCACCCUAACCCAAAGAAGGCUUUGGUCAUUGGUGGAGGUGACGGUGGUGUUUUGAGAGAGAUGUUGAAGCACGAGAGCAUCGAGGAGGCUUGGUUGUGUGACAUUGACGAGGCUGUCAUUGAAGUGUCCAAGAAGUACUUGCCUGAGAUGGCCAAGUCCUAUGCUGACCCAAGAACCAAGGUGCACAUUGGUGACGGUUUCAAGUUCUUGGAGGACUACAAGAACACUUUUGAUAUCAUUGUUACUGACUCUUCUGACCCAGAGGGCCCAGCUGAGAGUCUUUUCCAGAAGCCAUACUUUGAGUUGUUGAAGGGCGCUUUGACUGAAAAGGGUGUCAUCACCACCCAGGCCGAGAGCAUCUGGUUGCACAUGGACAUCAUCUCCAAGUUGAAGAAAGACUGUAAGCAGAUUUUCCCAGUUGCCGAGUACGCCUACACCUCCAUCCCAACGUACCCAUCCGGUACCAUUGGUUUCAUGGUCUGCUCCAAGGACGCUAACGCCAACGUCAAGAAGCCAUUGAGAUUCGACUGGGACGACAAGUUCGUCGACGAGAACUUGAAGUACUACAACGCCAAGGUGCACGAGGCCUCGUUCGUCUUGCCCCAGUGGGCCGACAAGAGGUUGAACAAGGAAACGACAGAACUUACGCCUGAGCAGAAAAAGCGGAUUCAAGAGAACAGAGAACGGGCGCUAGCUAUACAGAGAGAAAGGCAGAAGCAGCACCGUGAUGCCACCGGAGAAAACGAUAUCAGCUCGGUAAGAACCGAACUGGAACGGAAGAAGGCGAAGCUAGAGCUGACGUACCAGCCGCCUUCGAUCCAAAGAAAGGACUAUAUCGAGUAUGACUUCUCUACGAUGAAGGAUAGCCGAGGCGGGUUCUUAGAUGAUACAGAGAAGAACGGACUCAAGGGCGUGGAGGAAGAGCCAGAGUCGCUACAGCAAUGGAAGGAGAGACAGAAGAAGGAGCAUUUGGUUCGGGAUUUGGCGCCGCCACUAGAUUUGGAGAAUGCGCCAAAAUGCUUCGAAUGUGGAUCUCUUGAGAUUGAUCCUAACUUGUUUACGAACUUUAGAGAAGUACGCGUGUGUCGCCGGUGCCAGAAGGAAAAACAGGAUAAGUACUCGAUGUUGACGAAGACUGAGUGCAAGGAGGACUACUUGUUGACGGACCCGGAGCUUCAGGAUGUAUCGCUUCUUCCGAGGGUCGAAAAGCCAAACCCACACGGGUUCCUGCGAAUGCAGCUUUUCCUAAGGUUUCAGGUUGAAGAGUUUGCUUGGAAGAAGUGGGGUCUGGCCGAAGGUUUAGAUAAAGAGUGGGAGAGGCGUGAAGCUGUACGUCUUCAGAGAAGAGAUAAACGGUACCAAGACAAGCUCAAGGAGAUGAGAAAGAAGACCAGAGCUGAAGAGUACACGAGAAAGCUACGGAACGGUAUGUCGCUUGGUGAAAGACACGUCCACAGUUGGUCAGAGCCUAUUUCUGCUGGUGGGAACAUCGUGAGAAGAAGAUGCACGGAUUGUGGCAUCGAGACGGAGGAGGUGAUGAUUUAG